AUUUUAGCAAUUGAUUAUAGUGACGAUGUUUACAACACUUUGUUUAAAUUAACUUAUUAUCCAAAAAUCUCUUAUUGUUCAUAUGAACCAACAUUUCAUCCAGGCCCUUUAGAAGAUGCAUGUCCAAAAAUUGAAUUUUGUGAAAAAUCAUCAAGUACUGAAAUUGAAGAAGUUGUUCGUCCUGAUGUGUUAGAUAAGGAAAUUAGUGGAACUUCAUAUAUUGCAAUUGAUCAUUCCAAAAGAAAAGUUUAUGUUGUGUUUAGAGGUACUCUAAGUCCAGGUGAUGCAUUAACUGAUAUAACUUUUUUGCAAUGUCCUUAUGUUCCAGUUUUAGCUAAUGGUACUUUGAAUUCCAAAUCAAAUGAUUUUAAAAAAUUUGAUUGUGAAGAUUGUAUGGUUCAUUGUGGAUUAUAUGUUGAAUUUACAAAAUUUAUUGGUGAAGUUUUCGAAACUGCUCAACCUUUUUUAGAUAAAGGUUAUGAAUUGGUUGUUACUGGUCAUUCACUUGGUGGUGGGUAUGCCCUUUUAGGUGGGUUGGAAUUUUUAACUAAAGGUUAUGAUCCAUUAUUAGUUACUUAUGCUUCAUUAAGAGUUGGUGAUCCUGUUUUCAAUGAAUGGGUUGAUAAAAAAUUUCAUACUGAUGAAAAUGUUGAGAUUUUAGCUAAUGGUGGUGAUUUACCAAUCCCUUCAUUUUCAAGAGUUUAUCAAGAGACUGAUAUCGUACCAAGAUUACCACCUGUUUUACCAGGUAUUGCUAAAUAUACUCAUUCUGGAAUGGAGUUUGCAAUUACAAAAGUUCGUUUACCUCAUGAAAAGGAGAAUGUUUUAUUUAAAGGU